CUCCCGCGGCAUUGAACGCGGCAUUGGUUUCGGCUUUCUUCGUCGUAAACAUUAAAGACGAAGAAAUUGGGAGAAAAAGAGAACUCAAUUUAAGAGUGUCUGAGAAUGGGAUCCAUCAGUUUCAGAUUUUCAGUGGAGCUUGAUCUGUACAAUUUGACUCUUCUGCCGAUUCAACCAUGGAGGAAUCAAGGGAACAGAGUUGAUAAUUGUAAUCCUCUCUCAAUCGUCAUCUUCAGACUCAUUGAGUUUCUGAACUGAACCUAUCUGUACUUCACUUAUAGGCUCGAUCGAAGAUCUUGAAGAAGGGCUGAGGAAAACUGAGAUUUUGAAUCGAUAGAUCGUAAAAGGUAGAAGAUGACAGUGUUGUGGUGGAAAAGGAAGCGGAGAUUGAAUUAGAGUUUGGAAUUAAGUUGUUUAGGUAGUAGAAGUUAGAAGAUGAAGUUUCAUAUAACGACAGGGACGAAGAGAUUGACGAUUUCAGGCGGAGGAGGUUGUUUUUGGGAAGUAAUGAAGGUGAAGGGUUCGAUGCGUCGGUUUUCUUAUCGUUCCUUUUUGCCGACUGUCUUAAUCCUUGGGGUUAUUUUGCCUUUUCUCUUCAUAAGAACUGCUUUUCUCGCUCUCGAAUCUGCCUCUUCUUGUUCUUCACUUGAUUGUUUUGGACGGAGGUUUGGGCCUUCAAUUUUCGGCGGGAGGGAUGCGUCGCUGGGGCUAGUGGAUGAACUGACAAGAGCUUUGAUGGAAGCAAAUGACAGAGGAGUCGAUGAGAAUGGAAUACAGAGUUCGCCGGCGACAUUCAACGAACUGGUGACGGACAUCACUUCUGGCAGACAAGACAUCAGGGGCUUUGCUUUCGAGACUAAGGCCAUGUUAAUGAAGAUGGAGAGAAGGGUCCAAUUGGCUAAACAUCAAGAACUGAUCUACAGGCACUACGCGUCGUAUGGGAUCCCCAAGAGCAUGUACUGCCUGUGCUUGAGGUUGGCCGAGGAGUACUCAAUUAAUGCCUUGGCACGGUCUCCGUUGCCGCCGCCGGAGUCGGUGUUUCGCCUCGCCGACACAUCAUACCACCACAUUGCCUUACUAACUGACAAUAUUCUCGCAGCCUCUGUCGUUAUCUCUUCCGCUGUUGCCAACGCAGCAAACCCAGAGAAUCUGGUGUUUCAUGUUGUCACUGACAAGAAGACGUAUGCGCCCAUGCACGCGUGGUUCGCUCUCAAUUCUGCGGCUGUUGCUCCGGCAGUGGUUGAGGUCAAGGGCUUACAUCAGUUCGAUUGGCCUCACCAUGUGAACAUUGGCGUCAAUGGUAUGAUGGAGAUUCAUCGCUCAUCUUGGCAACAUUAUUAUAAGAAUCUAAAAGAAGGGAAAUGUGAUCAGCUUGAAGAAGGAGAGUUGGUUAAGAGAUUAGAGGACUUAAACCCAAGUUGUCUCUCCCUCAUGAAUCAUCUAAGAAUCUAUCUACCCGAGUUGUUUCCAGAUCUGAACAAGGUGAUAUUCUUAGACGAUGAUGUUGUAGUACAGCAGGAUUUGUCGCCUCUUUGGGAGCUUGAUCUUGAUGGGAAAGUUGUUGGUGCUGUUGUUAACUCAUGGAAUGAAAGAGAAGAAAAAGAUAGAAGCUACUGUAGUCGAGGAAGGAAAUUUGGGGAUUACUUCAACUUCUCGAACUCGUUGAUGUCUUCUACAUUUGAAUAUGAUCGUUGCGCAUGGUCGUAUGGUAUGAAUGUCUUCGAUCUUAAAGCAUGGAGGAGUACCAACAUUACUGAGACAUACCAUCACUGGCUUAAGCUUAACCUUGAUUCCGGAUUCACACUUUGGCAACCGGGAGCACUUCCACCUGCUUUAAUUGCUUUUGAGGGGCACAUCCAUCCAAUUGAUCCUUUAUGGCAUGCUGCAGGAUUGGGUCAACAACCACUGAAAAUAAACAGGAAAAUGGUGGAAGCUGCUGCUGUAAUACAUUUUAGUGGCCCUGCAAAGCCAUGGCUUGAUAUUGGGAUCCAAGAGCUACGGGGCUUAUGGCAGACACACAUUAACUUCACCAAUGAAUUCAUCAUGAACUGUAAAAUUAUGGCGUGAAGAAGGGCAAAGAAGCUCUCUCUUACGCAUUCAUUUUGUGAUCAGAACCAGAGAUACAAGAAGACCAGAGGGAAGAAGGUAUUGCCUUCAGUCUCUGCUUGCUAACUUGCAUCCUUGUAUAGUUUUCACAUGAGAUAGUUCAGUUCCUGUCAAUAUUGUAUUAUAUCAAAGGAAACUAUAUGAAGCUACCAUUGAUAUCAUGAGAAGUUGUUCUUAAUUUCUUCAUUGUAAGAACUACUUCAGUAUACUGGAUUCAUCUCGUUUUUACACCCAUAUCUGUAGGGCUGUAGCUGUGACAUUUUGCUAUGGAUUCUUAGAUCCACAUGAAGCAGCCAUAAAUUGAAUGAGGAAGACAGACAUUUUGCAUGGUU